AGGUGGUGUUUUCGUGUCACCAACGUGCGCCUACUCAGCAUCGCUCGCCUCGUUUGCUGAAAAAGGAAAGGAAGGAACAGCAACGGAAAAAAAGAGAUUAUAUCGUCAAACAUCUUCAUUAUUAUUAUUAUUCUAUAUUUUUAUUUGACAUCCCCGUGAACAGGUCUCGUCGAGCGUGCGAGAACAGCUGCCCACAGAAAGAGGAGAGGACGAGCAAAGGAAGAUGCAGGUGCGCUUCUACCACAACAUCAUCAAAGGCCAGCCGGGCCCGGCGCGGACGCAGGCCAUCUGCUUCUCGCCGAACAACAAACGGCUCGCCAUCGCCGACGCCACUCGCCACAUCCAACUCUUCGAUGAGCAGGGCGAGCGUCGCGACAAGUUUCCCACCAAGCCGGCCUCCGACAAAGGGGGGCGCGGCUACGUGGUCACCGGGCUUGCCUUCUCGCCUGACAGCACGCUGCUCGCCGUCGCGCAGUCCGACUCGAUCGUCUUCGUCUACCGCCUGGGGGCGGAGUGGGGAGAAAAGAAGGCGAUUCGGCACAAGCUCUCGCAGACGGCGCCCGUCACCUGUGUCGCGUGGCCCAACACGUCGUCGCAGGGCAUCGAGAUCGUCACCUUCGCCACCCUCGACGGGAGUGUGCGGGUCGGGAUGCUGAAGGCGAACAAGUCGCACGUGCUGUACUCCCACGAGCACCCAGCCGUGUCCAUGUGCACGAGCCGCGACAACAACAAGAUCCUCACCGGCCACCUUGAUGGCGCGGUGUUCCAGUACGUGUUCGAGGCCUCCGACGACGGGGCGGAGGUGGCGGGGGCGAAGCGGCUUUUCACGCACAGCUGUGUCCCCUACAUGCUGGCGUGGGCCGAGAACAUUUGCUGUGCCGGUCCCGACUGCACCGUCCGCUUCUACAACCCACGCGGCGGGCAGAAGCCGCAGACGCUGACCUACGAUGCCCGAAACAUCGGCUCCUUCACGGGUGGGGUGUGCAACCCAAGCGGGCAGGCGGUCGCCAUCGCGGGCCGGGGGCACAUCCGCGUCUUUGACUUCAACACCCGCGCCCGCAAGUGGGAGGAGGGGGUGGUGCUCGACCUGCCGCACAGCGAGGGCUUCAGCGCGAUGCAGUGGAAGCGCGACGGCAGCCGCCUCGUCACCGGGUCCACCACCGGCUCGGUGGAUAUGUUUGACUGCUGCCUGCGUCGCUACCGCGUGCGCGGGGCCUACGAGUUCACCUACGUAAGCCACAGCCAAGUCAUCGUGAAGCGACUGGCGACGGGCACGCGGCUCGUCUUGCAGUCGUACAUGGGUUUUGAGGUACAGAAGGUGAACGUGUACCAGGAUCGCUACCUCGUCGCCCACACCUCCGCGACGCUGCUGCUGGGCGACUUGGUCUCGCACAAGCUGAGCGAGGUGCCUUGGCAGCUCAGCGGGCGUGAGAAGUUCGUAUUUGACAACGAGCAGAUUUGCAUGGUCUUCAACGUGGGCGAGCUGUGCUUGAUUGAGUACGGCAAGAACAUGAUCCUCGGCACGUGCCGCACGGAGGAGCGCAACGCCCACCGCAUCAGCGUCCGCGUGUUUAACCCGCUUGCGUGCGAUGCUAUUGCGGCUGGCGCUGGUGGUGGGGGCGGCGGCAACGCUGUGGGUGCUGGCAGGAGUGGAGAUGGACAGCGGCGUGAGGUGGACACGACGACGAGCCCGCCCACCACGCCGUCUCCCGUGACGAUCAGCGGAGGCGGCGGCGGUGUGGUGGCCACCGGCCUCGACGCAGAGAACACCCGCUGCGUCAUCGCGUACCUCAUCGACCGUCAAACGAUCCAGAUUGACGACUUGAAGAGCGGCGUCUCCAUUGCCCGUGUGGCGCACUCGGCCAAGAUUGAUUGGCUCGAGCUGGACUUCCGCGCGUCAAGGCUGCUCUUCCGCGACAAGCAGCACCAGCUCUUCCUGUACGAGAUCGCCUCCCAGCAGCGCUCGACCUUGCUCAGCUACUGCACCUACGUUCAGUGGGUACCGCGGAGUGAUGUGGUGGUCGCGCAGAGCCGGUUGGAGCUCUGCGUGUGGUACAACAUCGAGUCGCCGGAUCGCGUCACCAUCGUGCCGAUCCGAGGUGAGGUGGAGGGCAUCGAGCGCGGAAAUGCGAAGACGGAGGUGAUUGUGGACGAGGGCGUCAGCACCGUCGCCUACGCGUUGGAUGAGUCCUUGAUUGAGUUUCGCGCGGCGAUGGAGGAGCACGAUUUGGACCGGGCGUGUGACUUGCUGGAGCGCACCGCACAGACCCCCGGCACCGAGGUCAUGUGGAGCACGCUGGCGGAGGUCUCGUUGCAGGACAUGAAGCUGUUCAUCGCGGAGCGCUGCUACGCCGCCCUCGGCAACGUCGCGAAGGUCAAUGCGCUGCAGCACAUUCAUGAGCUCGCCGCGGCGGCCAGUAAGGAGAGCGGCGGGGCGACUACGGGCUACGAGCACUACACCGUGCUGGCGGAGCUGUACGUGAUGAACCGCGACUUCAAGCGGGCCGAACAGCUCUACUUAGAGAACGGGCGCGUGGAGGAUGCAAUCCGCAUGUGGGAGGAGAUGAACCGCUUCGACGAGAGCCUGGCCAUCGCGGAAUCGCGCGGCCUGGACGACGUAGCGAACCGCCGCGCGCGCUACUUCGCCUGGCUGAUGGAGACGCGGCAGUACGAGAUGGCGGGUGAGAUGCGGGAGCGCGACGGCAAGUUCAUCGACGCGAUCAACCUCUACCUGCGUGGUGGCACCCCUGCGCGUGCGGCGCAGGUGGUCUCGGCGAACAACUUGAAGCCGGAGCAGCAGCUGCUCGAGGCAAUCGCCGCGGCCCUCUUCAAGGCACAGGUCUUCGAGGCAGCCGGCGACUUCUUCGACAAGCUGCACAUGACGGAUCGCGCCAUUGACGCGUACAAGCGCGGCCACGCCUUCAGCCGGGCGGUGGAGUACACGAAGGUCGCCGCGCCGCAGCAGGUGGUCGCGCUGGAGGAGGCGUGGGGCGACUACUUGGUCUCGCAGAAGCACGUCGACCAGGCAAUCAAUCACUACAACGAGGCAGGCAAGUACGCCAAGGCGGUGAAGGCGGCGCUCGACUCGCGGCAGUGGAGCAAGGCGGCGUCCAUCUUGGAUACGCAGAACACCAACCUUGGCACGGCGGCUGAGGGCGCGGACGGGGAGGCCGCCCCGGUGGACGCGGCGACCAAGGCGGCCUAUCAGCGCAUCGCCCACCACUACGAGGAGAUCCACCAGUACGCCGAGGCGGAGAAGUUCUACAUCAAGGCCGGUGCGGUGAACGCGGCGGUGGAUAUGUAUAGCCGAGCUGGGAUGGCGGACCACAUGUACCGCGUCGCGCAGCGCCACCUCCCGCAGGAGAAGCUCGUCGAGCUCUUUGUGAGCCAGGCGAAGCAGCUCGAGACGAAGGGCGACUACGCCGGUGCGGAACGGAUUUAUCUCAAGGUGAACGACGUCGACGGGGCAAUUAUGAUGUACCGCAAGAACCGCGACUACACGAACAUGAUGCGCCUGGUGCAGGCCUACCGCGCUGGCUACCUGCUGCAGACCCACCUCGCCCUCGGUGCGCAGUUCCAAAAGGAAGGCAACCUCAAGUCGGCCGAGACGCACUUCAUUGCCGGCAAGGAUUGGAGCCGGGCGGUGUCCAUGUACCGCGAUAAAGAUCUGUGGGAUGACGCGGUGCGUGUGGCGAAGGUGCACGGCGGUGCCAACGCGGCGAAGCAGGUCGUGGUGUCGCGCGCCUUGGUGAUGGACGGGGAGGAAGGCGUGCGUCUGUUGUCGAAGUUCAACCUGGUCGAGGCCGGCAUCGACGCCGCCAUCGACGCGACGAAGUUCGAUCUGGCGCUGCAGUGGGCGCAGCUGGCCCAGCCGGCCAAGGUGCCCUACGUCUACCUCAAGUACGCGAUGCACUACGAGGACCAGGGCGACUUCCGCAUGGCCGAGGACGCCUUCAUCAAGGCCGGCAAGCCGCGCGAGGCCAUUGACAUGUACGUCCACCAGCACGACUUCUCGGCGGCAAUGCGGGUGGCGGAGAACUACGACAGCUCCGCGACGGCUGCCAUCUGCGCCGCAAACGGACGGGUCUGCUUUCAGCAGGGCAACUACAAGGAGGCGGAGGCGUUGUUCCUGCGCGCCAACGCGCCGGAGACGUUCCUGAAGAUGUGCGUCGAUGCUCACAUGUUCACCGAGGCGCAGCGCGUUGCGCGGGAGUACUGUCCGGAGAUGCAGGGCGAUGUGGCGAAGCGCAUGGCCCUCAACUCGAACGACCCACAGAAGGCUGGCGCGGUGCUGGAGGAGAACAACGAGUACCAGCUCGCCAUCGACACCUACCUCGGCGCGACGCCCGACACGGUGCCCGACCCGACCACGCUCGCCAAUCUGUGGGUGCGUGCGGUGAAGGUGGCACAGAAACACGCGCGCAACCUUCUGCAGGAGGUGCUGAAGACGGCGGUGGACAAGCUGAAGGCGGCGCAGCGCUUCGUCGAAGCUGGCAAGUGCCUGGAGGACUGCGAGGAUUACAAGACGGCGAUCAACAUGUACGUGCAGGCCCGCAAGUUCGAUCUGGCCGAGUCGCUGGCGCGGCGCGUGAGCCCCGAGUUGGAAGACUACGUCAAGCGCGCCAUUGUGCAGGAUAGCAUCGCCGGCGGCAGCAUGAAGAACGCGCAGGUGGUGGAGGAGAUGGACCCGGAGGCGGCGCUAAAGGCGUACCUCGACAAGGCCGACUUUCCGAACGCGCUGCGCAUGGCAGGGCAGAAGUCGCCCGAGGAGCUGAAGUACGUGGCGGGCCUGCAGGUGCAACACUUACUCCGGCAAGGUGACCCGGCGGGGUGCCUCGAGGCACUGUCGAAGAACAUGAUGGACCCCGACGACUUCCGCUUCUACGACACCUGGGUCACGCUGGCGCAGAAGGUGAUCGAGCUGUUGCCCUCCGACACGCUGCCGGUCCAAACCUUGCACGAGGGCCUGGUGAGGGUGCUCGACAGCAUGGGGCGCUCUGGCCAGAAGUCAGAGGACAUCGCCAAGGCCACCGCCGUCACAAGCGUAAUUCACAUCUACUACAUGGCACACCGAAUGGAGACGGAGCUGCACCUGCCGGAGUUUGCCGUGCAGCUCAUGCUGGGCUUGCCUCGGUGGAUUCCGUAUGUGGCGCCGGACAAGGCGUUCUACGACGCCGGCAUGUCCGCCAAGCGCGUCGGGCUCGAGGGGAUGCAGGACAUCGCCUUUCUGUAUCUCAACCGUGCGCUGGACAUCACGGAGCGGAUCGAGGACGGCGACACCGACAGCAGCGGGAUCGACAACACCGACUUCGACGCGACCGACUUCCCCAAGAACUACCGCCUGCCGAAGGAACCGACGGUGCCGUCCGCGAUGAUGGAGGAGGUGAACAACUGGGUGCUGACGGUGUCUAUCGACAACACCGCCGCGAAUGAGGAGCGAACGCUGCCGAUGGUGAAGGACCCUGAGAACGGCGAGCCCAUGUUCGCCGGCUGCGUUAAGUCCCCGCAUACGGGGAAGGUGUACCCCGCCUGUGCGGUGACCGGCUACGGCGUGACCGGUGGUGGUCUGACGAAGUGUCCGUCGUGCCAGCGGGCGGCGAACCAGGCCGAUUGGAACAAGUUCGUCUUGACGGCGAAACAGUGCCCGUGGUGCGGUGCCGCCGCCAGCCCCAACUUCAAGGCCUGA